CCCAACCAUCAUAAAAUGUCUGGAACAUUCGGUAACCCUCGGCCAGUUCGCCUCUUCUCCUCUCACUUCGACGGCGAUCUUCUCGCUUCAGUCAUGCCGCUUCCGGCUCCGACAUCUCGCUUCUCCAUUAGCUCUCCCUGGCAUUCGCCGUCCGUUCUCUCAUUUCCCGCCGCCGCCGCCGACCGGUUAUCGGUUCCACUACACUCCGAGCUGAGAUUUCCUAGACGGAGUUCGAAGGGUGGCGCACUCGUGAUCUCCAUGGCUUCCGGUGAGUCCGACAGUUUGCCCAUUUAUGGAGGCGUAUUCCGGCCGUUCGAGGAGAUUAAGCAGGAAUUGGCGCUCGUACCAUCCGGGCCCGACAAAUCGCUGGCUCGGCAGAAGUACUCCGAAAUGUGCGAGGUCGCACUCAAUGAACAAAUAAAUGUCGAGUACAAUGUUUCGUAUGUUUAUCAUGCCAUGUUUGCCUAUUUUGAUCGGGAUAAUAUUGCUUUGACGGGCUUUGCAAAUUUCUUUGAGUCAAGCGAUGAGAAACGGGACCAUGUAGUAAACCUGAUGGAAUACCAGAAUAAACGUGGAGGUAGAGUGAAACUCCAGUCAAUUCUCAUGCCCUUGAGUGAAUAUGAUCACCCUGAGAAAGAAGACGCUUUACAUGCAAUGGAACUUUCCUUAUCCCUCGAGAAGUUGACAAAUGAAAAGCUUCUUAAUUUACAUAGAGUAGCACAACAAUGUCAUGAUGCUCAACUGGCUGACUUCAUUGAUUCUGAUUUUUUGCGAAAGCAGGUAGGAGAUAUUGAGAAGAUUUCUGAAUAUGUUGCUCAGCUGAGAAGGGUGGGCAAAGGAUACGGUGUAUGGCAUUUUGAUCAAAUGCUUUUGCAAAAGAAAGUGGUGGCUUGACUGGAUUGUGGAAUCAAUAGCUUUAUGAAUGCUUUGUGCGUUGAACAAAAUCUGGUGGCACUUCAUCACUUCUCACGAAAUAUUGCGGCAGUAACUUUGGAGUAUUUUGUUUUCAGCACUAGAGGUUUACUUCCAACUCCUGAAUCAUGUUCUCUGCAUUCUCUUGUUCCCGUUAUACAGAUAUUUAUACUCCUAGUAUUUUGAUUAAAAUUUUAAUCUCGUUAUACAAAUAAAUUUUAUGUUCGAUA